AUGUUCGCCAAACCAAGACCCAAAAAGAGCAUUCUGCCUCCGCCAUCUAAGAAGCGAAAGAUGACCUCUGCUGUCGAGGAGGUUAAUUUCGACUUCGAGGCGCGGCAGGAAUAUUUGACUGGUUUCCAUAAGCGCAAGCAGCAGCGCAUCAAGAAUGCUCAAGAAGAGGCUGCCAAGAGGGCUCGUCAGGAGAAGCUAGAGUUGCGAAAACAGAUACGAGAAGAACGAAAGCGCGAUGUCGAAGAGCACGUCCAGACCGUAAACAGAUUGUUGCAGGAGUCGGAAGCUGCUGGGGCGGUCGAGCAGGAAUCUGACGAGGAAGACGGAGAGUGGGACGGUUUUCCUGAUCAGCCAGAGCUGGAUAUUGUUGACCACGAAGAGGAAUACAUCGACGAAGAUCGUUAUACCACUGUCACGGUCGAGUCUGUGUCGGUGACAAGAGAUGGAUUGCACAAGCCCCAAGUCGACGACAAGGACAAUAAGGAGGAUAAAAAGGUUGAAGAACCCAAGGACGAUCAAAAAGCAAAGUCACGACGGGAUCCCAAAAAGAAGAAGAAGAAGUUCCGAUACGAGACCAAGUUCGAGAGGCAGUUGACGGAUAAGAAGCAGAGAAUCAAGAAGGCAAAGAGGAGAGCAUGA